GCUCACUAGUUACCCAAUGCCAGAGGCCAGGAGCCUGUUUUGUGUUGAGAAUGUUUAAUGUUUGCUCUUAGAAUUUAAAUUCAGAUACUAAACUAACAAAGGAAACAAGACUUAGCAGAGGGACAAAGUCCUUGUGAAACCUUGAAACUUGGCUCACCUGAAAUGCAACUCCUAACUAACUGCACAGGUCCCAGGCGGUGCACUUGGUGAACAAUGGGUUAAAUGUUGGGAAAUAAUUACUGACAAUUUCUACACUGCUCCAAGAGUCUGGUCUAUUUCCUGGUCAGGCGAAUAUAUUUAAAUCAUGCAGAUAUAUUUACUUCUUCCUUGGGGAGUAUGUGAGUCUGUGGUUACGAGGAGUGAUGAGGUACUAAAUGAGCAUAAAUGAGAUGACCAAAGAGAGUAAGGAAAACUCAGAGCCAUUCUGAUGUCGUUGCACAGAAUUUAAACUUCAGGUGAAGGAAGGGAAGCUUUUGGAGCAGUGGUGGCACAGUUCCAGAUGUUUCCCGGUUUACAACUGUGUAAAUCAGUUUAACUUGACUCAUGUUGUUGAUUAUUUUGUGAAAAACAGGCAAGGCUUUGCUUCCGUUCAUUUGAGCUGACUGUGAAAUAUUUUCAGCUUGCCUUCCUGGUUGAAAAGCUUCCCACCCUCUUAAGGUGUUGGCUUGGCACGUGAUGGGUUCCGUGUGUGUGCCGUCAAACCAUUAAGAGUGCGUUGCACUGCUUAAAUAAAAGGUUUUGGAGGUCACUCCUGCUGAGGAACAAUAGGCAGCAGCAGCAGCAGGUGGGACAUGUGAUGAAGCUCCUGGACUUAGAGAACAGCGUUCUGCCCUCCCUCUUGGGCGGAUGGAAGGGUUUUUGCUUCAGCUUUCACCGGUGGCUUUUUUGUCUUCGAUGAAAUAUGAAGAGCUAAACAAAAUGUAGAUUUGUGUGGCUGUCUCUACCAGAGUCACUUACAAGCAAAUACUCUUCAAAUAGUUGAGUGCCUAUGCUUGAGUUGGAAGACACAGAAAUCCAAGACACCUAGAUUGAAGAAGUCAGAGUAAGCAAGAUCCUUCUUUGGGAAUGCUCCACACCAGAUGUGACGGCCAUGCAGGACUUCCUGUGUCUGUGACGGGAAACACUUUGCAGGCAAAACUAUACAAUUCACAUCUGGAAAAUCAACCAGUUGACAGUGCAUUUGUCCCCAAGCCAGCAGGCAUGAGGGAGGGAAGCGGUGUGCCUCCGUGGGACGCUUCCCUACUGGAGAAUGAGUUUUUCCGAGUUUUAGAUGACUUGGAUAGCAAACUGGCUCAGGAACAAUCUCCAAGCUCAGUGAAUACCACAACACCUCUCAACUAUAGAUCAAGAACACAGUUCAGUCCUUUAUAUUCCAGUGGAAACAGACAUGGUAAUAUCACAGGAAGGCACAAAAAUCACUAUAACAAAACAUCUAAUAUGCCUAUCUAUGAUAUCCUAAGACCAAGAACCCCUAGAGAAGGUUUUAAAACUUUUACUCCUAGAACAAGGACAAUUUAUGAUAUGUACAGGAUGAGGGAGCCCAGGGUCUUAAAAGAAGAUUAUGUGCAAAAGAAUACUUUUGGUAGUGCUUCUCUGUGUUUUGACAGCAAGCAACGAUUAGCCUCACCAGCCACAGGGUAUUUCACAGCAAGAAGCUUACAUUUUCCAGCCACAACUCAGAACAAGAGCGGAUUUAUACCACCAAACUACCAGCAGAACCCAAAGAGAACUCCUUUAUCAUCCAUUAUAUGGAAUAGAUCAGACUCCUCUAGAGACAGACAGAACCAGGAAGAGUUGCUGACGGCACCAUCACCAAUGGAAAUUGACCCUGCUGACCAAUAUAUGUAUCCCAGGUGUUUUCAGGACAAUAGGAGAUAUGAAUUUUACUGUUCACAGAGUGUUUACCAAAAUGUUAGUUUAAAUGCCCCCACGGAUAGUGCAAUGAGCCCUGACCCAUUUGAAAACUCAGAGAAUAUGCCAUUCUACCAUCAAGACAACCCAUUUGCUAGAUCUUUCUUUAGUAAUACCUUUGGACGAAGCAGGGAACAGAGAUUUGGACAAAGUCCUUUUGGGGGCCAGCAGGAAGAACAUUCUACCUGGUCUGGCUUUCAUCAAAGCAGGAAACCGUUCACUUCUUCUGACAGAGACUUUGAAAUGAUUUCCACUGAAGCCAAUAGUGCUUCAGCUGGUCAUGGUCAUAGUGUUUCUUCUCAACACUGGGGAUCAUUUUCUCCUAGUUACAGAACAGAUAUUUCCAGAGACCAAGAAGAGCCACAUCCUUGGCAAUUGGAUUCUCAGACAUCCACAUUGGAGAGCAUGGACAUGUCACAAGGUAAUGGGAACCAGGUGACUCAUUGCAGCACACCAAAUGUUUGCUCCAUGACUGGUUCAAGCUACCACAUCAAAUCUGGUGGAUCAGAAUGUCAACAGGACAAUUCUAUAGAAGUACACAUCAACAAAGACCCUUACUCAUUUGGAAUUCCUCAGACUCUAGCAUCCUCAUUCAGAAGUGCCUGCCUCCAAAUUCCUGAUGACAAAGGGACUUCUCAGAGUCCCAACUUUCAGAAUUCUACAGUCACUUUGCAGCAAAUUAAGCCUACCUCUCUUCCAAUAAGAAACUACAUAGAAGUCACUGUGACCAACAGAAAUUCAGCUGAUUCUCCACCUCUAACAGAAAGCCAACCCAAUAUCUUGGUCACAGAAGUGAAUAAUGAGAAAGACUUCAAUGAAUCUAUUUUGGAAAAAGACAAACAACUAAACAAGACAGACCACACAAACACAAGUGAAAUGCCCCAACCUGUUUCACAGACAGUAAUCUCUAACCCUUUGGCUGGUUUUCAAAAUCCUCUUUCCCAAGACUCAGCCAAGAGCAACAGAUUUGUUUAUAAUACAUCUACCACAAUAAGUUCAAAAAAGUCACCUAGAGUCACUUCUAGGAAAGAUAUCUCCAAAAUUCAUACAUCACAGAGAGAUAAAGCCAAUGAACUAAAAAAAGAUAAGAGUUAUACUGAAAACAGAAAACUUGGCCCAGCAACAUCCCUUCCUUUCAUUCAGGAAAGCAGGAUACCAUCAUCUUUUUUCAGCCCAAAUCAAGAUUGUCACCAGGAAUUAAGAGUAAAUAAUGAAGAUAUUUCAAGCAUUAUUAAAAGUAACCACUGGAGCUCCAAACCUACUGAUAAUCAAAAUGUACAGUCUCCAGAAAAGCCUGCAGUUUUUGAGACCAAGGAAGAACAAUGUGCCAAACCUCAUUCUACCAACUGUAGCAAGUCAGCAGCCGGUCACAACAUCCCAUGUGAUUCCUUAUGUCUGUCAUCAGGUACACUACCAGAUUCCUCACCAUCGAAUAAUUCUUUCCUUAAUGCACUGGUUCCUUGUACUACAGUGUUCUCCAAGAAAACUCCUUCAGGCAAAGAUCCAUCUCAGGGAGAAAGAGAAGAUAAAGACAAUGAUAGCAAGAAUCAAAAUAAUGAUUUAGCCCUAACCCCCUCAGAAAAUGAAAAGAUUGAUAACAGUUGUGUGCCUGGAAAGGUAAAAGGAAAAAUAAGACAACGUAUAUCUUGUAUUGAAAAGUUAAGCAAAACAGGAAGUAAAUCAACACCCACAAGUGACAGCAGUAGCUUCAUUGACAUGAAUCAAAGCAAUUCCAAGGCUCCUGAGCGUCACACAACUUAUUGUACCUUACCAAGAAAAGCAGCCAGUUUUCUCAUCAAUAGCAGGGAGUCAGAAAGUAAGAAAAUGGUUUCUUCAUUUAGGAAUGAGCCACUUCCACUCCAAAUCAAAAAUAAUGUGGAAAGUCCAGUAGGGAAGGACACAGCAAACAAAUUUAGUCACAGUUCUUCUGCGUCAGAAAGCAGUUGUUCCAAAGUCGUUUCAGACACAGUCUCAGUAGCACAUGAAGCCACAGAGAGGAUGACAAAUAUGACAAAUAUUAGAUCUGCUUCCAUUAGAGAAGGAUCACUUCCAUUCCUCAUCAAAAGGGCUGUGCCGUGUCCUUCAGAGGUACCAUGUUUCUCAGUUGGAAGAGAUGAAAGAGAAAAAUGCUUGGUCUCAGACACGGAUGCGUCUACUAUAAUACUAAGGCCUUGGGAGAAAAGCAUUAAUCCUUUGGAAAGUAACUCAUCUGUUAGGGAUUGUUCUUUUACCAGAAGACACCACCAAAAGGAAUACCCUCAAGAAUGCAUUGAAAAAGAUGGUAAAAUGGCUGCCUUCGAGACAGGUAUAUUUUCCCUUUCAAAUGAAGACCCUUUACCUUUUUCUUCAGAUAUGUCAGGGGGAAAAAGUGGGAAAACAUUACAUAACUUUAAGACUACUAGUAUGUUGUCUAUUUUUGGUGAUGAAGAUAACGUAGAAUGUCUUGAGGUAGUUUCACUAUAUUACACUCUACCAAGGAAACACAGCAAAAAGUUCAGUAACCUCCUUCAAAAGUAUACACAAAAUAUCGAUUCACUUACAGUAGCAACUGAAAUGGGAACUGAAACAUUUCCUAAUGCUUUAGAAAAAGACAAACUAAAUUAUUCUACACAACAGCAGUCAGGAACACCAUCAUCUGAAGAUCUAAAGAUGCUGGUGAGCUCUUCUCAGCAAAACAGCCAUUAUCUUUCGCACAACACUGAAAAUGUGACUGUUUCACAAUUACCAAGUAUUGGACCCUCAGAACCUACAUUACAGGAAAUGGCUUCUAUUGAGGUAGAUGUUUCUCAUCAUAAAGGAGAAUCUAAAACUACAGAGAUUUCCCUAGAUAACUUAGCUAAAACACCCCUAGGUGAGUCACAAAACAGGAAAGAGAGAGGGAAAAAAUUGCAAAGUGAAACCCUGCAUACUUCAUCAAUGCUUCAGGAAAAAAACGUUACAGAAAAGAAAUCUGAAAAUUAUCAGAAAUCCAUUAAAUCAAGUAAGAGUGGUCCUUCAAAUCUUCCAGCCCACUCAAAAGAGAAUGCUGAAAAUCCCCAAACCAGAAGUUCUAGGGAGCAUGCAGGUAGUGGCAUAGCCAUUACAACUACUGGAAGUAGAAAGUGUCUUCAGAAAGAUAUUACUGGAAUAGCUAAAGAUGACAGCUCCAAUGGAUUGCAGCCUAGUAAAAUCAGAGGGGAAAUUGCAGCAAGUUUCCAAAAAAAAGCUGAUAAAGCCCUUUCUGACUCAGAAGGCCAGCCCUUUGCUCUUACUCCAGCUUUGCAUAAACUACAGCUUGAUGAGGAGACUUGUUCAGGUGAACAAGAUUUAGACAGUUUGCAGUCUGAACCCAAAGAACAAAGAAGUCAGGAGGUAAAUCUGAUGGAGAACAGCAAGGCUAAAGCUGAAAUGCGGAGGUUGACAUGGGAUCAACUUUCACUUCCUGCAAGAAGUAAUAAAAAUAAAACCAGCUUGGAUGACCUAGAAAGAGGGAAAAACAGAUCUUCGGUUAAACACAGACUAGGAGCCAUGUCCAAAGCAAGCAGAAAAUCUCCAGCUAAACAUUUAAGCCUCAGAAAGCAUGUAGCUACUAUCUUCCCCCAAAGCGGGAACAGCUCUGGCUUUGGUGGUUUAUCUCUUGGCACACCAGAGUGCAACCCGCUGUCCUCUGAGCCUACUCCAAAGUCCACAGAAUCCACAGGUGAAAGCAAGUUGAGUGAUGAUGGAAUAGAUGUGGAGAAAUCUGACAACCCUCUCCAGGUAACCGUAAUAUCCAACAGAGAAGCUUCUACACACUUAAGCAAUCAGAAGACUAAUAGCAUUUCACAACCACAUCCAAAUGAGUUUAAACAUAACUCAGAAUCACGACCAAAGUGUGAGAAUUCUAAAGAUGGAACAGUAGCUCAGAUUUUGGGAAGAGAGUCAGGAACCCUGACCCAACCCACACUCACCAGCCUCAGGGAAGCAGACUUCUCUGACCAUCAGAGGAGACUGCACCCUCAUUUUCCACUGGAGCCUGAGGAGAAAUCUACAGUAAGCAUCCCGCGGGCCAGUUGUCAGCAACAACAAAGGAGUGCUGCAUCUCUGGAGUGGGAACCUGAGCUCCACCCCUAUCGUUCAAAGAGUUUAAAAAGCAUCAGCGUACACGGUGAUGUGCUUCGCAAAAGUCAUCCUCCGAAAGCCAGGGAGCGCCAUUUUUCCGAAAGCACUUCUAUCGACAAUGCCCUGAGCCGACUGACCAUUGGGAAUGAAUUCCCCAACAGCAGUGGGGACGGUCAAAGAUUCAAAUCUUUUUCUGAACACUCCUCCUAUGAUGAAAAUGAAAGUUGGGCUUUGCAUAGCAGCAGGACAAAAACGAGUCCCAAGUCUCCAACGUCUAUAUCCAGACCUAUUGAUUAUGGGAUUUUUGGGAAAGAACAACAGUUGGCUUUCUUGGAGAAUGUAAAGAGGUCACUCACACAAGGAAGAUUAUGGAAACCCAGUUUUCUUAAGAACCCUGGCUUCCUGAAAGAUGAUGUAAUUAAUCCUCCUAACCCAGCGGAGUCGUCAAGCUCAAAUUCUCCCAGCAAUCAGAUGCCAGAAGAUGGCUUAUCUCCAAGUGCACCACUUAACAUCUAUGAAGAGGAUCCAGUAGACUCAGACGGUGACACAGACACAACCACAGAUGAUGAAUACUACCUGGAUGAAAAUGACAAAGAGUCAGAACUAUGAGGUCUUUUCAGUAAAAUGCAUAACCUUUUCACCAAAAGCUUGUAAUGGAAGUGUAAAUGUAUAUGUCUGUGGGAAGGACAGAUACAAAAAGAUCUAUCUGGGAAGGACCUGCUCUGAAACAACCCAAAUUCUUCUCUUUUUUCACCCCUCCAUAGCCUAUACAUACACUUGCUGAAUUCUAGAGCAAUGAAUUCUUGUUUUGGGGAUUCUCUGCAGUUUUCUUCCUCUGUAUAUAUCCUUGGCCUUUCUCUCCCACCCCCAACUUAGUCUCUAAUUUGCUGUCCAAUUUUGGCUUUCUGCUCUACUUUCCCCCUAACGUUUUUGUACACCUUUCAUUGUGAUUUACAGCCCUAAUAUCCCAAGCAUUACAAAACUUACUAGUUACCCAGCACAACUGCAAAACUCUGUGUUGCCUCCUCUGGUCCACGCCCCAUACUCAUGACGUUAAAUAAAAUGUAGGGAUAAUGACAAUGGAGUAAAUAUUAUCAUCCUGUUUGACUCACCAACAUUUAGGAGGUUUAGGGUUUGGGUUUUGGGGGGUUUUUUCCUUUCUAACGAAGAUAAGGGAAUUUUCAUAAGGACAUCCUGUUAUAUCAAUAGUGGAGCCAGGGUGGCACGUGUUUGAAAUGCUUGUUAAGAUUAUAGACAAGGAGCUGAAUCCCUAGUAAGCCAAACACUUGUACUCCUAGGAAUUCCUUUGAAAUCCUUUGUAGGAAUUGGGUGGACUGUUAAGAACUGAAUUUUAAUCAAGUCAAGGACUGGAGCCAGGCAUCCUGAGGGUACAGAAGGUGGCUUGGCCGUGGAAUUGCUGCUUAGGAAUGAAACAUAACUGGGGAGUGGAGAUAAGUAGACACGCCUUCCUGAAACUGACAUCCUUACUUCAGGCCUCUCAGCAACUGUUUUUUCCCAUUUCUCCAGACGUAUCCAUUUUUCUAUUUUCUUCAUUUCCCAUGUGGGGCAUUUUAGUCACAAGUAUGGGUGGUAGGCUUGGCCAAGUCCCUACAGUGCUGCCAAGUCAGAUCUGACACCCUGAGAUUCAUAGGCUUCUUUACCAAAUCAUUUACCAAACCCUUGGGAAAUUAGAAGGCAGAGCUUCAAAGAACUUAUCACUAUGAUUCUUUCAAUAAUUUUUUUCAAACUGAAUAACUUCUCAUAUCCACUGAUAACUUGACUUUCUUAACUCUUUAGUUGCCAUGCAGAACUUGUGCAGCUUUCUUUCCUCCUAAUCAGAAUAAACACCAAUAGACGGCGGUGAAGAUAAUUUGUGCAGAAAGUAUGCCAUCCCUGAUCUUAGUCCUGUGAGGGUCAACAUGAGUGGACUUCUUCUUGUUUGGUUUAUAUUUGCUUCCUGAUCUAAUUUUGUUUUCCAUUUGCCUCACCUGUCUGUUUCAUCCAUAUAAAUUAAGGAUAAUGAUAGGUGUUGGUGAAGUGUAUGAAGAUCUGGAACUGAUAAAAUUCAAGAAAGAACUAUACUAUCAUUAUCUUCUUAAUCAUUGCCUUGCCUAGAAGCAAAAUGUCAGGGCAAGUUCCCAUCGUUCCCAUACAACUCAAAACUAAUGAAGAUGUGGCAACUAACAUGAAAGCUACUCCUUCAAUCUAUAAAUUGCUUUAAACUUCAGGCUCUGACCAGUCUUGAGCGACUGAAAAUAGAAUUUCAAAUCAAGUCUUCAGAAUUUUUCAAUUUAAAUUUGUAUAGUAAAAAAUAAAUAACAUUUUAUUCUUUUCUUUAUGUAUGUUUGUAAAUUCUAUCUUUCCCUAUUUUCUAUUUAUCUGUUUAAGUAAAAUUUUCAUAAACCAUGACCUAUGUUUUUAUGUAAAGUAUUCAGUUAAUAUUUUAAUAUGAAGAUUCUUGAUUUUUUUGUAAUGAUCAGCUUGCAAGUUCUAUUUCAGCAAAUACUCUGGGUCUACAUGUAUGCUACAAAAUAGGAAAUGGAGUUUGCUUACAUUUCACUGAGUUUAGGCUGUAUCAGUAUUGUAAAUUGAUGUCCUUGUAGCCAAGUUAAAAUGAGAAUAAACAACCACUUUGGGGCCCUGGUUCUUUGCACUAGAAUCUAUGGUAUCUGAACUCAAAGAUAAUUUGAUGGUCAAUGUUCACUUGCACUAUUUGUAAUGUUUGCUUGUUGGUCUGGCUCAAGAAUCAAGAAAACAGAAAAUUCAUUAAAAAAGCACCUUCUAUAGUUUUAUACUUUUAUAAAACACUUCGUUAAAGAAGUAUAGCAAAUUUCUAUGUAUUUUAACAUACAGACUGCUGCUUUUUAAUAUUCAUUUUUGGCAUAGCUAUAGUAAUUUAUAAUAGUCAUUUUUAUAUUUAUAACUUGUUUUCUAAAAGAUGUAAUCAUUAUUGAAAUGAAUAUUCACAUAAAUGGAGUAAACCAUGAGGGAAUCAAUAUUAUUAAGUACCUGGUAAUUGAUUAUCUUGGUUAGGUAAUGAACUUCUGUAACCAUAAAUUUUACAUGUAAUGUCCAUUUAAAAGAGGGCUUAUGAGAUUAAUUUUUAGACUUUCUUCUAAGUAAUUUUUCCCCUUACAUUGUAAAUACAUUGAUAUUAAUAAAACAUCAACUGCUACUAACAAGGUUUUGACUGAAGAUAAGCUAAUAAAAGCUACUUUGUGUAAGAGGUGACUAUGUGCUAGUAUUGGAGAUGGUGAAAGUCCAUGUAGGUUGUGAAGAUGGAAAUGAAAUUGGAAAAUCCACACCUCCAUAAAAGUAAUAUACUUGGUUGAAUGCCGGAGGGUUCAGGAGGCCUUAUUGCUCAGAGUUUAUUGUUAAUAAUAGUAAUAAUGCUGCAGAAUAUCCCACUUGAAUGUACAGUGUAAAUAUGUAAAUAUUUUACCUUCCAAGCAAGUUUGUGAUGUAUUACCACCAUUUAGGGGCUCUGUGACUGGCACUUCUGUGCUCUGAAACAAAUAAGCCUUAAGCACUUUUGUUGAAAUAUUGUCAAAUAAUCCUUUUAUGUACUUGUUCUCAAACCUGUUCUCUAGAUAUUAAAUGUGUUAUAAGACAAAGCACAAAUUUAAAACAAUGCCUGUGCUGAAAUAAAUGAUUUAAACAGA